ACCGGCUUUGCGGCCGACGCAUGUGACUUUAAGCUGCGCCGGCCAUGGCAUCAGGCAAGUCCCUGGCAGAGCGCCGGGCCGGACCCGGCGGGUUUGGCGCCUUGACCGUGGAAAAGGCUCCGAAGCCAAGCGCUGCCGCUGUUGCCGGCGACCGGAAGAUCCGGGUCUUGACGCCUGAUCAAAGUUUCGAGGAGGAGUACGACCUGCAGCAAUUGCUGCACGACGUCGGCAGCCAGACUCAGGUGUGGAAAGCGAUCUGCAAGCUGGACGGCCAGGACGUGAUCGUGAAGAAGCGGGCGAGGUACUUCGCGGUGGGCGGCGAGGCUGUGUGGCACUCGUUGCUCACGCGGAUGCUGAACCUGGACAGCCACCAGAACGUCCUGGGACUGAAGGAGGUCGUGCAGGAUGACAAACACUACUACAUCAUCAUGACGCGGUGUAGCGGCGGGGAGCUCUUCGACUUCCUUCAGUCAGAAACAGACUCUGGGGGCGCCAGGAACGCUGGGACGCCGGGGACGCUGCGAACGGCGAGGGACGUCAAAGACGCCCAGGAUGUGCCAGAGAGGGAGUGCAAGCGGAUCAUGCGCGAGAUUCUCGAGGCGGUGGAUCACAUACACUCUAGGGGUCUCAUCCACCGUGACAUCAAGCCGGAGAACAUCAUGUUUCACGACACCUCCAACGAGCCGAACUCUCCGAAGACGCAGGCGGCAAAGAAGGCGGUGAAGCUGAUAGACUUCGACACUUGCUUGGAGUACGAGCCCCAGUCCCCGAGGGCAAAGCACGUUGUCGGCACGCUGGGCUACCUCGCCCCGGAGGCCCUGCAGGGCGAGUACUCGCCCGCGUCCGACCUGUGGAGUGUGGGCGUGAUCCUGUACAUCCUGAUGACUGGGGACAUGCCCUUUGAGCAGGACAUGUUCGGCGAGCAACUUCGAGAUACGCGCUGUGGAAGUGCAACGAUGAAUUCCAUCUACUACAAGCUGAAGAAUGCGAACAUCGACUUCGAGUGUGAGCCCUGGCCCAGCUUUCCGCAGGCCCGGGACCUGUGCCAGCAGCUGCUGGCCUUCCAGCCCGAGGACCGGAGCCCCUCCGCCCGGGCGGCGUUGAACCACCCCUGGCUCUCGGGCAAGUGACGCUGCAAAGAAGCGGCCGUAGUGGCCGUAGCGGCCGUAGCGGCCGUGUGCGGCUCUUGGAUGAUAGCUGCUGCCAUUUUAUUUUAAGGAAGCGCCAUGAGGAUUUGGCAAAGCCAGAUCCGAGUCAGAACUGCGUCGAGCGUUCCGGGUGCCCUGAGGGCAAGACCUGGGACUUUCUCCCCGAAAGGCCAAAAGGCCGCUGGCAA